AUGAAGGACCAUUGGCUCGACGCCUCCUUCGAGGCUGUCUUGUGCCCAGCCGUCAUCUUAGUGCUGACCAUCCCACAUAUUCGCCACGUCUUCAAACAGCUUUCAACUACAGAUAGGCAAGGUUAUGGCCUGGUAAGUGGCUAUGAAGAUGAAGAUGGAAUGGCAACAGAUAAGUCCGAGAAAGGAACCUCGGAUAUUACCCAGAGAGUUAUCCUAUUCAUCACGGCAGUUGUUGCUGUGUUGACUGCAUUGUUGUCAUCCCUGAAUGCGACAAGCCAUGAUAGCUCACCACCAGGGAUCGAACAAUGGCUACAGUUCUCCGCUUGGGCUCUGCUGCUCGUUCAAGAAUGUAUCGUCAUCUCUCGCGCCUUACCCCAAGAGAGGUAUGACCUAGGGAUCUGGAGUACCAUUUCCGCUCUUCUGCUCAGCAUCGCAGGAGUCUUUCUGGAUGGUUUGUGGACCAACCCCAAUGCAUCAGGGUCGAGUAUAUCCUUGGCUGCUGUCAAAUUCACUGCGGGAAUCAUCCUAUCCUUUGCCAACAUUUCUUUUUCCCGUCGACCAGAGGUAUAUUUAGGGAGCAAGCCAGUCGAUCGUCAACGGACCGUUUCCUUUCUCAGCAGAUACACAUUCUCGUGGCCAGUGCCCAUUUUGUCAAAAGCCGCGCGGAACAAACAACUUGAACCCGAAGACUUCCCUGCAAUAGGGUAUGAGGUGCGCGCACGAACCUUGUAUGAUCGUUGGCUUUCUUGCACCCACCCCAAAUUAUGGAGGAAAUUAUUGAAAAUUUACCGGACAACCUGGAUCGUUCAAGUCGCCAUCCAACUGCUUACUGCGGUGGCACAUUUCCUGCCUCAAGCUUUGUUGUUCCUUACCCUUCGUUUGCUCGAAGAGCGUGAUGCACACGCAGACAAUCAGAAACAACUGUGGAUCACGACGGUCGGUCUCGGCGGAUCCCUUUUCAUAUCAUCUUGGCUGGAGUCGUUGCUGCAAUGGGUGGUAUCUAUGGAGCUAGAAUUGCCGAUCCGAGAGCAGCUAUCUGCAGCUAUUUUCAGCAAAGCACUCAGGAUAAAGGAAGUUGUGAAUGUGAACUCACAUGAUUGCUCUGAGAGUAAAGCAUCAUCUAGCGAGUGUGGUGGUGAUGAUGAUGAUGAUGAUGAUGAUGAUGAAGAUGGCGAGGAUGGCCCACCAAAAACGAAACAAUCCAUGACCAACCUUCUAGGGGUAGACGCUGUGACAAUUGCAACUUUUGCAAAAUUCAGCCAUACCCUCCUAGAUACCAUCAUUCAGUUCAUUCUUGCUAUCGCCUUUCUUACAAACAUUCUGGGUUGGAUGCCGGUACUGUGGGCUUGCACGGUCCCAGCGGUAUUGAUUCCGGUGAAUUACGUUCUGGCCCAGAAAUACAGCAAAGCAGAGGAUGCGCUCAUGACAGCAAGCGAUCGAAGAAUGGCUGUCUUAUCUGAGAUGCUACAGGGCAUUCGCCAGAUUAAAUUUGAUGCCCAAGAAGAUCAAUGGAACAGCAAGGUGCAGACUCUACGUUCCAACGAGAUCAAGAGACAAGACCGGGUUUUCCAGUUCAAUCUCGCACUGAUUGCCGUAUGGUCUUGUGGUCCCCUUUGCAUGAGCUUGAUUUCACUAGCAACCUAUUUCGUGGCCAACAGGACUCUAUCUCCCUCCGUUGCCUUCACGGCCCUCUCCGUUUUUCAAAGCUUAUCGGCCACACUUUCCAACUUCCCAGAAACAAUCAGUGACUUAAUGAAUGCCAUGGUGAGCGCGCGACGCAUCGAACAAUACCUUGAGUUACCGGAACAUAAUAAUUGCCACACAGAUGGGGAGGCA